CCCCCUCUAUUCUUUUCAUCGUAUAUAUCUUUGCCACAUAGUCCGCCAGAAGACAGGAUUAAAUACGAAAAACGGCAUCCCAUCAAAAGAAAGAAGCAACAGCGCAACUUCGCAGCGGCCAUGAUGUCUCCAACCAAACAGCACAAGCACUCCUACAAGGACCUCCCAACAUCUCACGCACGUACAUCUUCUUCCUCCUCUUCCUCCGCCACAGAAGUCGAAUCGCUCAUUGGCGACGACAACGAUGCCGAGAAGCAAUGGUCACACAACCCAUAUGCCCGUCGCCAUCAGAGCGAAAGAUCAUCGAAACGCGACAAUAUGUGCAUGCGUAUACUAAAGGCAUCGAGAUGGAUCGUGGUGAUUACUUUGCAAAUAGUAAUCGUAGGACUAUUGGCAAAAGAACAAGGGUACUUUGCCGCCCUACCCAGCUUCGGCUUCGGCUCUUCAAAAGAAGCUGCACAGCGAAGCACAAGUAAAGAAGAAGUCGGUGGCGACAUCACGGGCUGGGGCCCACACAUCCCUACUCAAAUAACCCAAUUCCACAUCAACCAAACCUUCGCCCCUUACAACACCUCGGAGUUCUUCUCAAACCCCUCCACUAUGCACGCUUGGAACGACCUGAUGCCAAAAGGCAUGGGCUUCCAAAACAUCACGGAUCCCUGGAACCCAGCGUACCGCGACUUCCCCACCCCCAUUGUCUGGGACGAAGGCCAGACCGUCUUCACCACAUCCAUGACGCAUCAACUGCACUGCCUUUUCGCUGUUGUCCGCGUCUACUCCGGGCUCACGAGUAACCACGAGCUGCCAGAGGAUCACCACUGGCAUAUGAUUCACUGCUUCGACUACAUGCGUCAAGCUAUUCUUUGCUCGGCUGAUAUGGCGCUGGAGGGUUUGGAGACUACCUUCCCGGAUCACAACGGUGGGAGUGAUGGGUGGGACAGCAAGCAUGUCUGCAGGGAUCCGAAGGUUGUUCGGGAAAGGCUGGAGAGUGUUAGGGCUUAUGACGAUCAGGAGAUCUUCUAG